CUGGGAGUCCGUGAUUGUGUCCAUAUCGCGGAGUUGAACGCCGAUUUCAGCAUGAGUGACCUGGAGGACGACUUUGCCAAGAUCCUGCUGCUGAAGGAGGAGAGGAUACGGGACUUGGAGAGGCGGCUUGCGGACCGGGAGGACGAAAUUCACGAACUGAAAAGGAAAUUGCACAAAUGCCAGUCUGUUCUGCCCAGCGCACAACUUAUUGGACCGCGGACCCGCAGAGCUCAGGGCAUCUCCGCGGAGCCCCAGACGCACCAGGACCUGUCAAGGCAGGCAUUUCGGAAAUACCCCAAAUCUGACUGGCUUCUCCUGCUGCUCGAAAAAAAAUCUCGUUCCCCUCAGCUCCCCGUGUUACCUGUCAAGCUGCGCCACCCAGCAGAAAUGGCUGCUUUACCCUCACCCCAGUUCCCAUCCAUUUGUAACUUAUCAGCCUCAAGGCGAGAUGCGGAAGUGGCUGUAAUGACAGCGCCGCGGCGCGCGCUUGUUGGCUUCAUUAUUGAUGUGGAACGAGCCGAGCUGUGCGUGGAGCGGCAGGCUGCACCGCGCCGGUGA